GAAUAUUCUGUGUGGUGUUGUUAGUGAGUGUGUAUGUUCUAGUUCAGUGGUAUCCAGUGAAGGUUUACUCUAUAUUUGCAACUUGGCUACUGCGUCGUGCAGUCUUAGCAGUUUAGUAAUGUUGUGUGUUAUAAGUAAAAGCUUCACAUGGAGACUAUUCGUCUUAUGGACAGUUGUGCUGCUGUUUCACUCAGCCUGUGUGAUGAGUCAACUGCUGGACAGGCAAAUCUCAUCACAAUCUCAGCUGAAGUUCGGUCCUAGUCCUGGUGUUGGCAAUCAGGUUCGAAAGGAUAUAAUUCAGCAAGAUUGUGACGAGAGCUGUAGGAAGGAUGAAGUUGCAUUCAGUGCGAUUGCCGCAUUGCACAAGCACUUGGACGAUGACUCAGAUGGAUCCAUUGACAUAACUGAGAGUGAUGAGUUUCUGAAGGAGGAGCUGCACUAUAACAACAAGGAGAAGGCAGCAUCGAGACAGAUGACCUUCCAUCAACAGGAUGAGUAUGUCACACUAGAUGAGAUGUGGCAAAAAUGGGUCCACUCCUCGGUGCAUAACUGGACUACGGAAGAUGUAGUCGAAUGGCUAGUAAGCUACGUUGACCUGCCUCAAUAUGCGCCCAAAUUUAAGGAGCUUAACAUCGAUGGAACGGCGUUACCAAGGCUGGCACUGGCAGCAGAUAGCAUCAUGCAGACUUAUAUUGGCAUAGUCAAUCCCAGCCAUCGUAGAAAACUGACGCUGAAGGCCAUGGAUAUAGUUCUCUUUGGAGCUCCUAAAAGUUGGUAGAGAAGGAAGAUGAAGCAAGAGACCGGGAAAAAGAAAUGGAAGGUGUGCAUGUAUCAGGGAAUGAAAUAAACAGACUCCGUCUAGCAGAAGAAAAACUAGCCAAGCUGGGCAGAGACCUGCCGAAACUACAAAUGUGGCUUCAGUACACGCACGAGCUAGAUAAGAGAAACUACAACCGGAAGUAUGCUGAGGCAGAGAGACAGCUGAGACAGGCAAAGGAUGCAUGUGAGCGGAUCCACAAGAAGAAAGAUUCGUUGCUAAGCUCGUUUCGCAUCGGCCAACUGAGCAGUGUGGAGGAGGUGGAUGCCAGGAUUGUCAAGGCAAGGCAGGCGUUGAUGGAGGUGACCAUUGACCUUCAGGAGCGGCUGUUCCGCUGGGAGCAGAUCGAGGCGUUGCUGGGACUGCCGCUGCGCAUGAACCAGGGCCUCGAGCAUCUACAGAACGCCCUACACCUCGAAGAGAGCCUGCUGUUUGCAAAGCGCAGAGGAAUGAGUUCGAUGAACCUACACUCGGUGAGUCAGGAAGAUGGCGACGACAACUCACUACACGAAUUCGGCGCAGGACCUCCACGGGAAAGCGUGGGCAGACAGCGUGAAAUGCCGAGCUCAAACAGUGUGGCCAGCCUUGCAUCCAUGUCGUCCAAGCUGUCGUUGAACGGCAAUAGCCGAUAGCGAGUCAACCGCCACGCAUCCCUAACUUGUGAUAUCAAGUUCCUGAACAGAAGGUCUGUCUGUCUCCGUGCUAGGGACUGUGAGGCAACGGCGACGAGGCAGUCUGUACACAGACAUGUAUAUACGUAGACUGAUACUUCUGUCUACGAUUUGAUGGUGUUAGCAUCACAUAUCUGUACAUGUAUCAUAAAUGUUUUGGUACAUGUUAAGCUAGCAUUGAGUUCUUGUGUAGAUUCAGAAAGUCAACAGGGCAGGGCAGGGGGGUCAGUCAGUGUAGGGCAACAGAAGUAGAGCAGUGUAGGGCAACAGAAAGUCAGAGGUUCAGAGGUGUAUUGGUCAAGUGCUAUAUAUGGGUGUGGCACUAUCAUUGGCAAUGGAUAUCGUAUAGCAAUCUUGUAAUAGCACAAUGCUUGCGUUUGAUGUUAUGUUUACCCUCGUCUCAAUGCACUGUUUAGUAUUGUCAUUCUUACUCAGCCACAAUUACUAUACUUCAGAGUACUCUAGGUUCAAGUAGUACAUGGCAAUGUCUUAGUUUUAGGAAACUGCUGAAACAGUCAUGAAUGAGCUACCUAGGAAAUCUGUGUGUGUCUACGUUCAAGGCUAGUGCUGUUCCUUUUAUUUCAUAGCAAGACAAAUCUUGUUGCUGCAUACAAUUAUUAAGCACAUGGUCACCAUUUCUUGAAUCGGUUAAUACUACUGUGAUAGUGUUUUAUGUUCAUAAUCCUCGUUUAUGAUGCAUGUAACAGUACGUGUCAGCGCAGGUGUUAAUUGCCGCUAUUCCUCAGGCUGUGCGUACCUUUGAUUUCUAUGUUUUGCUGUGUCUUGGGCAUCGUAAAUUGUAUCAUUCCACCACGAUAAUGUGUUUGCUGUAACAUGUGUUGAUCCUCUCUCAAUGGCAUAGUUAAGCGUUGUCGUAGAAUGUAGCGUGCAUUAAUAAUCGUAUUAUUAUCCACGUGUGUGUCACAAGGUGACAAUACGCAUGAAAAUUUUGACAAAGUUACUUUAUUCCGUUUAUAUCGUAUUCAGUUCCAUAUUCUGCUGCAGUGCAUAAAUUGUGAUUGCUUGGAUAUGUCAGGAGACCCGAAAAACGGAACAUCAAGUUUCCGUACUUGUUCGUAGCAUGUACUUCUAGACACAACCUGCAAUAGUUAACCAUACUCCUAUUAAAUAAGUACGUGGUUUGCAUAAUAAUAUUUAUCAUAGUUAUACACGUUUGCAAUUAUAUAAAUCUGUAGAAACGUGCAGAAACAUUCCUGUAAUAGUUGCUUUGAAUCUUUUUAGGUACGUGAAGGUGCUGUGAGCAUCCAGUACAACCCUAUCACAAGCAGAUGUAUUAUUGCCUUAUUAUUAAUAUUAAUAUUAUUAUUAUAAUUAGUGCCUUUAAUAAUGUUCUGUUUAGGUGUUAGUGCUUGUCGCUGUGUCAAACAGUGGUGGAUCGUGCCAAUGUGUCAAAGCGUUGAUUCAUAAUAAUUAUUACCGGUAGGUGUCGCGACAUGCUACAUAUACGUCAGCAUCUGCGUACCGUGGAAUAUAUAGUUACUUGGUGAUAUGUCGUAUUAUCUUACUGCCAACUAGAUCUGUUGGUGGCUAUCACAGGAUAUUUGUUUUUGAUGUUAGUGGGUAUCGACUCGUAACUAUGAUCGAUUGAAAAUAAUAGAUCAUUGAUUGAAUAAGAUGGUGGGCCAUUACACACCUAUUAUAUUGUAUGAAAUUGCUAGCAAUUUUUGAACUUUCGUUCGUGGUUCAUGUAUCUCUAUAAAAGUAUAAAGACGUUAAGCGA